AUGAAUUUUUAUUUUAGAUUGAUUAGUUAGAUAUAUUUAUAUAGAAAAUUAAUAUUUAAAAUAUUUAAUUUUUUAUAAUGCAAAUUUAAUUGCCAUUUUAAUAAAUAAAAUUAUAAGCAAGCUUUCUUAAAAGUAAAAAAAGUUAUGAUGUAGGAGAAUAAUAAUUUAAUGCCUGUUGAUGAGAUAUGGAGAUAAUUAAGUAAAGUAACAACAACUGUAAACAGGAAUGUUGAAAGAAUGUCUUAAUUAUUAGAUCAACUUAUUACUCAUACUCUUUCUAAUGAAUGUGAUUAUAUAGAUAUUCCAUAAAGAAAAGAUGAUCAUAUUAAAGAAAGAGAAAAAUAUGCAAAUGAUUAUAAAAAAUUUAUACUUCGUGAGUUGAAUGAGAAAUUGAAUUGGAGUAUAAGAGGUUCUAAAAACAUUUGUAAUAAAUGUUAAAUGAUAUGCAAAACUAGAAAAGGAUAUUUACUUCAUUUAUUGCAGAAACAUUGUGAGUACAAAUUCUAUUUAUGUGUAAAGUGUUAUGAUAAAUUUGAUAAUUUUAAUAAAUUUAAAUAACAUUUAUGCAAUAACCAUGAUGAAAUAAUGAUAUUUUAAGUGACAGAAUAAAUUUAAUAAUUAAUUCAAUAUGGAGUAAGAGAAAUAUCAAAGAAUGAUCUAUAAAAUAUCAUAUGA